AUGGCAGCCCAGCUGAAACCUCAUACACUCCUGUCUUUGUUGUUUUUCUUUCCGUUGGAGUUGGGUUACCUCAGAUCAGGUUACCACCACACACAAAGGGAAGAUAGUAUCAUGGGGAGAAACAAUCAAAAGGAAGCUGCUGACAAUCCUUUUGUGCAGCAAGCUUCACAGCAAGGAACAAUGGUCGAACAAAGCGAGGUGAUUAAAGUUCACGCAGAUUGGAACGAAAUUCUCAGCCACGUGGCAAAGGAGGGGAAAAUCCGUUUCCCACACUUCCAUCAUAUGAACAAAGGGAAGCAUUCGCAUUGUAAGGGAUCAGAGCGGCCCCCCCCGGUUCCAUGA